AUGGAUCGAAUGACAAUUGUCAAUGCUGUGGUCGAUUUCAUCAAUGCCAAACACUCACUGAGCGCUGCAUUCUUGGUAUUUGGUCGAAAUCCCUUCGCAUCAAUGUCGUCGCCGUCGCCCUCUCUACGCCGCGGCGCGGAGCCGCCGUCACCACUCGAGUUGCGCACUGGAAGAUCCUUCAAGCGGCGCUUUGAUCCAGAUGUAACAGACGACCAGGAUCGUGGAAAAUCGCCCAAGCGCCGUACUCUCAAGAACUAUGUAUCCUUCAAUCCAUUCGAGUCGCAACAUCAGAGACCUAAUGUGUCUAUCCCGGGGAAGAGGCUGUUUGUCGAUCGCCAAGCUCAGAAGCAGCCGCAGCAUCCUCCUCCGCGACCAAGCACUCCAGAGCCCCCUCUGAUGCUGGCCAUUGAAGACAGUUAUCGAAAAUACCAAACGGCCAAAUUCUCCGAAGUAUUGACAAAGAUUGACGCCACCAGCGAGCACAUCACUGAAGAAGCCCUUUCGCAAACCCACGCCGGACAGCUGGCUAUGGAAAAGUUUUCCAGUAAACACGCCAGCAUUCUCGAAUCCGUCCUGGAAGUCAAGACCACGCUGUCCGUAUCGAGUCCAAAUGGAACUCGGCGCGAGAAGGACGUGCUCAUAUCCGACAUGAUAGCCGAUGCAGAGAGACGGGCCAAUACAACCGCAAAGGAGCUCGAACAGCUAUGGGCCGACACGACCGUGGCCCCUCCCGUCGGCGACCUCGAUUCGGAACACGCUGCUGCUAUGGCUGAAUUGGAAGAAGAACUUGACAAGAUGGGCGAGAACACUAUUGGCGAGUACGACAAAUACGAAAAGGUACGUUUCUAG